CUCGCCCGACGUUUCGCAAGUGUUCAGGUUCGGUCCCGGCGCCGGGCGGCGAGCACGGACCCGGUGGACCGAACGGCCUUUGCUGUGGUUCCGGCGAGGCGGCGGUGUAGUUCCGGGUCAGAGGUCAGUCGCGCGAUGGCGGAGCCGAGUGGAUCGUCCGAGGAGCCGUGGAUCAAGACUGAAUCCUCGAUCAGUGACAAUGGCUUUGAAUCUGUGUUUCUUGCUGACAACACAAGAAAAGGAAGCAUAGGGUCGAGAGCAAACAGCAUCACAUCCAACACAGGUUCCACCAGUGCCUCCUCUGUUCCUAACACAGCUGAAUGCAUGACAGACAAUGAUUGUUCUCCAACUGCAGAUGAUGAAGAUAGUGACUACAGGCAGGAACCCACUUAUAAAGAGACAUACAAAGAUCGACGGAGACAAGCCCACACGCAGGCUGAACAAAAGAGACGGAAUGCCAUCAAGAAAGGAUAUGAUGAUUUACAGUCAAUCGUCCCCACAUGCCAACAGCAAGAUUCCUUAAUUGGAUCCCAGAAGCUAAGCAAAGCCACAGUUCUUCAGAAAACUAUCGAUUAUAUCCAGUUUCUGCACAAAGAGAAGAAGAAGCAGGACGAAGAACUCUCCACUCUGCGCAAAGAUGUCAUGGCUCUGAAGAUUAUGAAGAUGAAUUAUGAACAGAUUGUCAAAGCCCAUCAGAAUAAUCCUCAACAAGGCAAGGAUCAAGUAACUGAUCAGGUCAAAUUCAGUAUAUUUCAAAAUAUCAUGGACUUAUUGUUCCAGUCCUUCAAUGCCUGCAUCUCUGUGGCCAGCUUUCAGGAAUUGUCAGCCUGUGUUUUCAACUGGAUCGAGGAACACUGCAAACCACAGACUCUGCGAGAGAUCGUGGUUGGUGUACUGCGGCAAUUAAACAAUCAGCUACAUUGAGUAUUCAAGCUGGUUUAGCAAUGGUGGACUGGGAGCGGAUUGAUACACUGCAAAUUUCCAGAAACCAUGUAUGAACUCUGCUAUCAGCUUACAUAAUGAUAUUGAAGCAAAUGGUGUAACAAAUGUUUCACAUUUGAUUGCUUUUAAUUCUGAUGCCCUGACAAGAUUCCGGUUAAGGAUACCAACUGGAUUACCAGACUUGAACUACUUCACCACUGACUGGGACAUUGUGGUAUAUGAUUUUGCUUAACACAAUCAAUCACAAAAUCAAAGGUAACUCAGAGUAAUUUUAUCUAAGAUGUCCCACAUUCAAGCCACUUUGCUGUGCUACAUGAAAUAUUAAUAUUUACACUUUUUAAAUGUCACUUUUUGAACAGUAUAUGGCAUAUAAUGAAACAAAAGGAAUUUUUUAAAUUUUUCAAGAAAAUGCCAUGCUUUCAUGUUUUCUGAGUUAGAGACCAAAAUAGCUUCAACAACUAAUGAUAGUUAUUUAUAAAAUAUUUCCAUUUAAUCCAGAGAUAACAAUUUCACUGGUGAUGCCCCAAAUCUGAUCAACAACUUUUGCAGGGAGAUGUGUGUUGGUGGUCAAGACCGACUCUUCAUAUUGGACCACAACCCACUGAACCCCCAUAUGGUAACACAGCUAGGAGGUGGAACUUAGUGUAAAUACUGCACUCACUAAGCUGUAGCUUCAGCCAUUAUAACCAUAAAUUGUCUUAAUGGCACAACUGUUGUGUGCAUGAAUUGUAUAACACGUACAAGUUGUCUCAUUGUGUGCAUGUAGAACAUACAACAGUACAACACAGGAACAGGCCCUUCAGCCCUUGAUGUUGUGCUGAACUAAUUAAGCUAAUAACACCUAAUCCCUUCUGCCUGCACAUUAUCCAUACUCUGCACAUUCAUGUGCUUAAGAGCCAUUUAAAUGUCUCUAUUGUACCUGCCUCCACCGCCACUCCUGGCAAUGCAUUCCAGGCACCCACCACUCUGUGUGUAAAAAAAAAUCUUGCCCCACACAUCUCCUUUGAACUUGCCCUCUAGAAUUAUACAUUUACCCUGGGAAAAAGAUAGCAGCUGUCUAUCAGUACCUCCCAUAAUCUUAUAAACCUCUUAUCAGGUCUCCUCUCAGCCUCCACCUCUCCAGAGAAAACAAGACAAAAUUGUCCAACCUCUCCUGAUAGCACAUGCCCUCUAAUCCAGGCAGCAUCCUGGUAAACCUCAUCUGCACCUCUCCUUUCUAUAAUGCGGCAACCAGAAUUGAAUGCGGCCUAAAGUUUUAUAAAUCUGUAACAUAACUUCCGAACUCAAUGCCUUGACUAAGGAAAGCAAGCAUGCCAUACAUCUUUUUUACCACCUUAUCAACUUGUGUGGCCACUUUCAGGGAGCAAUGGACUUGGACCCCAAGAUCCCUCUGUACAUCAGUGUUAAGGGUCCUGCCAUUAACAGGGUACUUUCCUUUUAUAUUUGAUCUCCCGGAGUGCAACACCUCACACUUGCCUGGAUUAAACUCCAUCUGCCAUUUCUCUGCCCAUAUCGGUAACUGGUCUAUAUCCCGCUAUACCCUUUGGCAACCUUCUACACCAUCCACAAUGCCACCAAUCUUCAUGUCAUCUACCAAUUUAUCCACAUUUUCAUCCAAGUAAUUUAUAUAUAUUACAAACUGCAGAAGUCCCAGUACAGAGCCCUGUGGAACACCACUUGUCACGGACCUCCAGCCAGAAUAAGACCUAUCCAUGUCUUCUUUGGGCAAGCCAAUUCUGAAUCUGGAUGAGGCUACCAUGAGGGACCUUGUUAAACACCUUACUAAAAUCCAUGUAGACAAAUAUCCACUGCUCCACCUUAAUCGUUCAUCUUCGUUGCCACCUCAGAACGUCACCCAUGAAGAUACAUUAAAAGUAAUUGAAGAAUCCAACUGCAGAUACUGAAAAUCCAGAACAGAAACUGCUGUAAGUGCUCAACAGAUCAGGCAGCUUGGGGGUCAGGUGCAGGGCAGAGAGAAGUGGAGUUGACACUCAGGGUCAAGUGCACUUCAUCAGAACUGGAAAGCUGAGAAAAUAAACGUAAGGGUAAAGAGAACAUAGAAAACCUACAGCACAAUUCAGGCCCUUCGCUCACAAAGCUGUGCUGAACAUGUCCCUACCUUAGAAAUUACUAGGCAUAGGCAUAGCCCUCUAUUUUUCUGAGCUCCAUGCACCUAUCCAAAAGUCUCUUAAAAGACCCUAUCGUAUCCACUUCCACCACCGUUGCCGGCAGCCCAUUCCAUGCACUCACUACUCUGAGUAAAAAAAAAACACCCCUGACAUCACCUCUAUACCUACUCCCCAGCACCUUAAACCUAUGUCCUCUGUGGCCACUAUUUAAGCCCUGGGGAAAAGCCUCUGACUAUCUACCCAAUCAAUGCCUCUCAUCACCUUAUAUACCUCUAUCAGGUCCCCCCCAUCCUCCGUCACUCCAAGGAGAAAAGGCCAAGUUCCCUCAGCCUGCUUUCAUAAGGCUCUGCAGUCUGGGCAGCAUCCUUGUAAAUCUCCUCUGCACCCUUCCUAUGGCUUCCACAUCCUUCCUGUAGUGAGGUGACCAGAACUGAGCACAGUACGCCAAGUGGGGUCUGACCAGGGUCCUAUAUAGCUGCAACAUUACCUCUCAGCUGCUAAAUUCAAUUCCACGAUUGAUGGACAAAACACCGUAUACCUUCUUAACCACAGAGUCAACCUGUGCAGCUGCUUUGAGAGUCCUAUGUACUUGGACCCAAAGAUCCCUCUGAUCCUCCACACUGCCAGGAGUCUUACCAUUAAUACUAUAUUCUGCCAUCAUAUUUGACCUACCAAAAUGAACCACUUCACACUUAUCUGGGUUGAGCUGCAUCUGCCACUUCUCAGCCCAAUUUUGCAUCCUAUGUCCCGCUCUAACCUCUGACAGCCCUCCACACUAUCCACAACACCUCCAAUCUUUGUGUCAUCCACAAACUUACUAACCCAUUCCUCCACUUCCUCAUCCAGGUCGUUUAUAAAAAUCACAAAGAGUAAGGGUCCCAGAACAGAUCCCUGAGGUACACCACUGGUCGCCGACCUCCAUGCAGAAUACGACCUUUCAACAACUACUUUUUGCCUUCUGUGGGCCAGCCAGUUCUGGAUCCACAUUGCAAUGUCCCCUUGGAUCCCAUGCCUCCUUACUUUCUCAAUAAGCCUUGCAUGGGGUACCUUCUAUUGGAGCAAUACAGUAGAUUGGGUUAGAGUUAAGGUUAGGGUUUUUUCACUUGUUAGGCCACUUUCAGGGAACUAUGGACCCUAAAAGAGCCCUCUGUACAGUAGUGUUGUUAAGGGUCCUGCCAUUAUAACUGUAUACUCUCCCCUUACCUUUCACCUCCCAAAGUGCAACAUCUUUACAAGUAUAUAGUUUGCUGAAAGUGGCGUCAGAGGUAGACAGGAUGGUGAAGAAGGCGUUUGGCACCCUGGCCUUCAUCAGUCCGGACAUUAAGCAUAGGAGUUGGAACGUUAUAUUGCAAUUGUACAAGAUGUUGGGAGACCACUCUUAAGCGUAUUAUAUAGAAUUUUGGUUACCCUGUUAUAAGAAAGACAUCAACAAACUGGAAAGGGUGCAGAAAAAAUUUACCAGGAUGCUGCCGGGACAGGUUGGGCAGGCUAGAACUUUAUUCCUUGGAGCGCAGGAGAUUGAGGGUGACCUUACAGAUGUGUAUAAAAUCAUGGGAGGUAUAGAUAGGAUGAACGCACACAGUCUUGUUCCCAGGGAAGGGGAACUAAAAACUAGAGGGCAUAGGUUUAAGGUGAGAGGCGAAAGAUUUAAAAGGGACCUGAGGGGCAACUUAUUCACCCAGAGGGCAGUGCGUAUAUGGAAUGAGCUGCCAGAAGAAGUGGUUGUGGCAGGUACAAUAACAACAUUUAAGAUAUUUGGAUGUACUGGAUAGGAAGGUUUUAGAGGGAUAUGGGCCAAACACCAGCAAAUGGGACUAGCUUGGUGGGAACCAUGCUUGGUAAUGGACAAGUUGGGCUAAAAGACCUGUUUCAUGCUCUGUAACUCUAUGACCCCACACUUGCCCAGAUUAAACUCCAUCUGCCACUUCUCUGCCCAUAAUUGAUCUAUAUUGCCUGAUACCAGUGGUAUGCCACAGGGAUUGGUGCUGGGUCCACUGUUCAUCAGCUAUAUUAAUGAUGUGGAUGAGAAUGUACAAGGUACGAAUGUAUAUGGUUGGUAAGUUUGGGGAUGACACCAGAAUUGGUGGUAUUGUGGACAGUGAAGAAAGUUGUCUAAGAUUACAACAGGAUCUAGAUUAAAUGGGAAAGUGGGCCAAGUAAUGGCAGAUGGAAUUCAAUUUGGACAAGUGUGGAGCACUACAUUUUGGAAAGUUAAGCCAGGACAGGACUUGUACAGUAAAUGGCAGAGCUCUGGAGAGUGUUGUAGAACAAAGAGAUUUGGAUGUACAAGUACCUAGUUCCCUGAAACUGGUGACACAGGUAGACACUAAUGAAGAAAGUGUUUCCCACACUUGCCUUCAUCAGUCAGGGCAUUGAGUAUAAGAGUUGGGAUAUCAUGUUCCAACUGUACAAGAUGUUGGUGAGACUACACUUGGGAUAUUGUGUGCAGUUCUGGUUACUGAGCUACAGGAAGGAUGUCAUUAACCUGGAAAGGGUGCAGAAAAGAUUAACAAGGAUGUUAUUGUGACUGGAGGACAUGAGUUAUAAGGUUGGGGCAUUUUUCCCCUGGAGUAUAGGAGGCUGAGGUGUAACCUUAUGAAAGGGUAUAUAAAAUCAUGAGGGGCAUGAAAGGUGAAUGGUCACAGAGGAGUGUAAAACGAGAACAUCAGUUUAAAAGAGGGGAAAGACUUAGAGGGGACCCAAAGACAACUUUUUCCAAUGGAUGGUGAUGGGUAUAUGGAAUGAGCUGCCAGAGGAAGUGGUAGAUGGGGGUACAAUUACAUUGUUAAAAAGACAUUUGAUAGGAAAGAUUUAGAGGGUUCAGGGCCAAAUGCAGGCGAAUGGGACUGACUCAGGUAGCCAACUUGGUUGGCAUGGAUGAGUUGAGCCGAAGGGCCUGUUUCUGUGCUAUAUAACUCUAUGACUGUAAGUGGAUGAUCCCUUUUAAAAUAAGUGACCUUUAGUUUUAGGCUCUUCCCAGAAGGAGAAUCUAGAACCCUCUCAAAACCCCUCAAGAAUUUGUACUUUUCAAUCAAUUCUUCACUCACUGGUUC